CACAAAAGCUUUGCCGCCUUUUGCUAUGUCGAUUAAAACGUCUAUUUAGAGUACUUUAUUAAUCCUUUCAUUUUGUAAGCAUUCGUUUGUGAAAAUAUACAACAAUAUAGCAUAUUCGAGUGCCGAAAUAUUGGGAAAAAUCGUUUUCCAUAAGAUAAAAACUUCUAUAACUAUGGGAUACGCCUCACGCUGUAAAAUUUUCGAGUUAGUUCGAGUUCCAGUAAACAGUCGAAAAGAAGUCACACGUGAGGACUUAUUAAAAUAUGGACUUCAUACAGUGUUGGCCCCUAUCAUGCCAGAAUGUUUUUGUACCUUAGUUAUACCAGUAGUGCCAUCUGCGCUGAGCUUUUGCGUAAUAUCUGCAAUGAUUCGCUCCAAAAUAUUGCCUAUUGGAAAAAUUAACUUUUUAAAAUUAAACGCCAAAUCACACCAUACAAAAAAUGGUAGACUAAAUGGAAAAGUAGCAAUAGUGACUGCAUCAACUGAUGGCAUUGGAUAUGCCAUAGCCAAAAGACUUGGAGAUGAAGGAGCAUCAGUAAUUGUUAGCAGCCGCAAAGAGGAAAACGUAAAGAAGGCAGUUGAAACUCUUCGUGGAGAUGGCAUCCAAGUGGAAGGUGUGGUCUGCCAUGUGGGCAACUCUGAUCAGAGAAAGAAAUUAUUUGACACUGCAGUCAAAAAAUUUGGUGGCCUUGAUAUACUUGUGUCAAAUGCAGCAGUCAACCCCUCUGUAUCACCUAUCUUAGAGACUGGCGAAGAUGCAUGGGAUAAGAUUUUUGAAAUCAAUGUAAAAUCCUCAUGGUUGCUGGCCAAGGAAGCAUAUCCAGAAUUAAUUAAAAGAGGUGGUGGAAGUAUAGUGUUUAUUUCAUCUAUUGCUGGAUACCAACCUAUGAGUCCUUUAGGAGCAUACAGUGUCAGUAAGACUACACUUCUAGGCUUAACAAAGGCAAUAUCCACUGAAGUUGUACAUGAUAAUAUAAGGGUUAAUUGCGUUGCUCCAGGCAUAGUUGCAACAAAAUUUGCUGCUGCGAUAACCAGCUCAGAACCAGCGAAGGAAAAGUCUUUGUCGAUCGUACCAAUGGACAGGUUCGGAAAACCUUCGGAGAUCGCCAGUGCUGUAGCUUUCUUAGCUUCCGACGAUGCUAGUUAUAUUACCGGCGAGACUAUAGUUGUUGCUGGAGGUGCAUAUGCACAUCUCUGAGUUAAAUUUACCGACAUAACAAUAUCCUUCUAAAUCAGUCAGGUCGAAUAAUUACACUUUAUUAUUAUUUCGCAAGCAUUGAUUUUAUAUAUCAAAACAUAUGUGCAUAUACCAUAUAACAUACAAUAAUUUUACUACUACAUGUUAAUAUCUACGGCAGCUGGUGUAGGUAAAUUGAUGAUAUUGUUGUUUGAUCUUAGGACGGCAAUGGGAUUUUUUUCAUAUCGCAAUAAUAAAAUUGUUUGCAGUUUCGACUGCACUUAUAGUAACAUAGGAAUAUUCAAAUGGUAUUAUCGAAAACGUUUCGGACUCGGCUUCAGAGUCGUCUUCAGGGCGAGCUAGGACCGACUAACUGACCCAGCCCUCAACCCUCUCUAACUUCGAUCAGCUUUGACGUUUGCUCCCACGCUCCAAACUUCGCAGGUUCACAGAACUCAUGUAAAAGGUUUCGCAGAACUCAUUUAAAAGGUCUUAACAGUUCUUAUAAAUUGGGAGCGCGUAUAAAUGUCACUUGUUUAUCCGUUAAAAAUUUGUCAGUUCUUCCGUUUAUAUACACUACCUACACUGCAUCAGCUAACAUUUACUAAAUAAUCAAUAGACAGCGCUUCUGUAACUUUUUCGCUACAACUUGAACGGCUAAACCGAUUUUGAUCAAACAUAUCUAAGAACCACCGCAUAAAAAUUAGCUAAUAAAUAAACAAAAACGCAUCCAAAUCGGUUCACCUGUUGAUGAGCUAUGGUGCCACCACAGGGUGCCAUAUACACAGACAGACGAACAAUGUUUGUCCGCAGUAUCGGUCAAACACGAGGGGUGUGUUAUAAGUUUGACCGAUUGAUUUGAUUUUUUGCGUCGGGGGUUAAGAACUAGCCUCUCACAAUCGAAUUCGCUCGGUGUGGUGUCAGCCCUUUUUGAGGUCACAGGCUAGGCCCUGUUAAUUUUGAAAAGUUUAUUUUAAAAGUAAGCAUAAUAAAUGUUUAGUUUAUUAAGUAUGAAUCAGGUACAGGGUUAUAAGGUGGAGUGUUAAUCAUAUGAAAAGUUAAUUGUAUAAAUACACUUUGUGAUAUAUAUAUAAAUAUUGUUUUUUUCUUAUUCUUUUUUGUAAAGCGAAUUCCGUGCCAAAAUAUAAUGGCUAGGAUAUUAUUCCAGUAAGGUUUGAAUCAUGGAUUUAUGUAUUAUUUUUGUAAGUAGGUGUAUUUUAUAUGAGAUUACAAAUACUUUGUUAAAAUGUC